AUGUGGUCUGCCUCCUGCUUCUCACUACGACGGGUUCAACUACUGAAACCAAUGUGCCGAAUGGGUUGUGCGGCUUCAUCAGCUGGCUUGAAGAUGCAGCUAGUGACAGCAGCAGGCUCACCCGAUCUAGGCAAUCGACCAGCGACAAACACCAUGUUUCGACAACACCGGCUCAGUUCGUCGAGAGCCCCCGGAUCGGCGAGGGUGAUAGGCACUGAGCAAAUCAAUCCAAAACAAAAGAUGUCAGGUGGCGAUGCAGUGCACUACGAAACAAUUGAGCGUGGAUCUCUUUAUGGAUUAGAUUAUCGGGUUUUUAUCAAGGGCCCUGAUGGCGUUUUGUCCCCAUGGCAUGAUGUACCACUCUAUGCUGAUGCUAGCAAAAAGAUCUUUAACAUGAUUGUGGAGAUCCCACGCUGGACGAAUGCAAAAAUGGAGAUGGCUACCAAGGAGCCUAUGAAUCCAAUCAAGCAGGACGUUAAAAAGGGCUUGCCACGAUUUGUGCACAACAUAUUUCCCCACAAAGGAUACAUCUGGAACUAUGGAGCACUUCCUCAAACCUGGGAGGAUCCGAACCAUGUUGUCCCUGACACCGGCGCUAUCGGUGACAACGAUCCUAUUGAUAUAGUGGACAUUGGUUCUAAAAUACAGAAACGCGGAGCUGUUAUCCAGGUGAAAGUACUUGGCACUCUAGCCCUUAUUGAUGAAGGAGAAACCGACUGGAAACUGAUAGCCAUAGAUGUGACAGAUCCGUUAGCUGAUCAGAUGAAUAACAUUGGAGAUGUUGAAAGGCAUUUUCCUGGAUUGCUGAAGGCUACCGUUGAAUGGUUCCGUAUCUAUAAGAUCCCCACUGGAAAGCCAGAGAAUCAAUUCGGUUUCAACGGUGAGUACAAAGAUCGCGAUUAUGCGCACAAGAUUAUCGAUGAGACGAGCGAGCACUGGAAGAAGCUCAUUAAAGAAGCCUCGCCGAAGCUGAAUACUCAAUGCUUCGUUGAGGGUGCCGUUCACCAAGCAACCCGCGAAUCCGUGCAGGCUGCAGUGGAUGCGAGCGCCGUGCCAGCCGCCCCGUCCGAGAUCCCCACUGAUGUCGACAAAUGGCACUUCAUACAAGCCUGA